AUGCAAGAGAUGUACGAGAUUAAGAGCUGUAAGGUAUGCAAGAGAUGGAAGAGAUUAAGAGUUGUAGGAAUGCAGGAGAGUGAAGAUAUUAAGAGUUAUAAGAAUGCAGGAGAUUACGAGCUGUAUAUGCAAGAGAUGUACGAGAUUAAGAGUUGUAGAAUGCAAGGGAUGUACGAGAUUAAGAGUUACCCAGUGGCCAUUGAGCCAAGUGUCGAUUGUGAUUUCGGAGAAGCUGAGAUAUGUUACUAUACGCAUGACCCCACCGCAAACUUUAACUGGGAGUGGACGAACCGAGCCACGGAUAGUUCCUUCACUGGCCCCGCCCAGGACCAUACAAGAGGAGAUGAAUUGGGAUUCUACGUACACAUAGACAGUGUCUACCAGAGACCAGGAAGUAAAUCUAGACUCAUCUCUCCUCUUAUCAACGCUCCACAACGCUCAUCUUGUCUUGAGUUUUGGUUUCAUAUGUAUGGCAGCCAUAUUGGACAGUUGAAUGUCUACUUCAAAUACAAUGACAGCGCCCUCCCUGAUAAACCAGCUUGGUCACUUUCUGGUAACCAAGGCAACACAUGCACAGAGCAUCUUCUUUAA